AUGGACUUAAAAGAACAGGAAAGCAAAAAAAGGGUAGAUAUAACUUCUGUUUUGUUUUUAAGGAAAGAAGGAUUGUCCAAGUGUGGAAGAUGUAAACAGACGUUUUACUGCAAUGUGGAAUGUCAGAAAGAAGAUUGGCCAAUGCACAAGCUGGAAUGCUCUGCCAUGUGCAUUUUUGGGCAGAAGUGGAAUCCCUCUGAGACUGUGAGGCUAACGGCAAGGAUUCUCGCCAAACAGAAAAUCCACCCUGAAAGAACGCAAUCGGAAAAACUCCUCGGUGUCAAAGAGUUCGAAUCACACCUUGAUAAACUUGACAAUGAAAAGAGAGAGCUGAUUCAGAAUGACAUUGCUGCUCUUCAUCACUUUUAUUCAAAGCACAUCGAAUACCCUGACAAUGCUACCCUUGUAGUCCUAUUUGCACAAGUUAACUGUAAUGGCUUCACAAUCGAAGAUGAAGAACUGUCUCACCUGGGGUCAGCAGUAUUUCCUGAUGUUGCAUUGAUGAAUCACAGUUGUUGUCCAAAUGUAAUUGUAACAUAUAAAGGGACCUUGGCUGAAGUCAGGGCUGUCCAAGAGAUUGAACCUGGGGAUGAGGUUUUUACCAGUUAUAUUGAUCUAUUAUACCCCACAGAAGAUAGAAAUGACCGUUUAAGAGACUCCUAUUUCUUUACCUGUGAUUGCAGGGAGUGUACAACUAAAGAAAAGGAUAAAGAAAAACUGGAGAUCCGCAAAUUGAGUGAUCCUCCAUCAACAGAAGUUGUACAGGACAUGAUCAGAUAUGCCAGAAAUGUGAUUGAAGAGUUCAGGAGGGCCAAACACUAUAAAUCUCCUAGCGAAUUACUAGAGGUUUGUGAGCUUAGCCUGGAUAAAAUGGGCUCAGUGUUUGAAGACAAUAAUGUUUACAUGUUGCAUAUGAUGUAUCAGGCUAUGGGAGUCUGUCUCUACAUGCAAGACUGGGAAGGUGCAUUGCGCUAUGGACAAAAAAUUAUCAAACCAUACAGCAAACACUAUCCAUUAUACUCUCUCAAUGUUGCCUCCAUGUGGCUGAAGUUAGGGAGGCUCUACAUGGCACUAGAAAACAGAACUGCUGGAAUGAAGGCUCUAAAAAAGGCAAUUGGUAUCAUGGAAGUAGCACACGGGAAAGAUCAUCUAUACAUUUCAGAGAUCAAAAAGGAAUUAGAGGACCACUAAGCCUUUGAAUAUAUGCAAUUCUUCAACUUUUACAUAGAAGCCUUGUUACAGAAACCUGGAAGCCUUUGGGAGUGCUUUAAAAAUUGCUGUAGCGUGAAAACAUUUCUGUAAUAUAAUUGAAUGACAAAUGUUGUGCACUUUGGGCCUUGUAUCUUGCAUUCUGAGGCUUACAUGAAAUGCAGUUCCUUACUCUUUACAUACAUUAAUCCUUUAUUUUUUUUUAAGGUGGCUAUUGUUCCAAGCAGAGCAGACCUUUGACAGGUCAUCCACAAAAAUGACCAAUCUUUUCUCUCUAGGUUUUAAUGUAUUAUAUCUUAUCAGUGUAAAAAGUGAAUUAAAUUGGCAUACAACUCUUGUGGCCCUAC